AAAUAUCUUUGAAGAGUUAGUAUGGUUUUGAUUUUAUUUGAAAUCGGAUGUCCCAUGGCAAAGCUUGCAGCAGUGGUUUUUUGGAAAGCGUUCUAUCAUUCAUGUGUAUCCCCUUGGAGACCAGGCUUGUUGAAAUUAGAAAUUGUUUGUUCCCCUGUGAGAUUUCAAUAGCUGUGUACACAAAGUAAAUGUUGUGGUUGUCAAGAUUAAUGACAUGGCUGCUAGGAAAACUUAAUCUGCGUACUUGGUAACCCAACAUCUAUGCUGUGGCUUUUUCAAAGCUUUGUUUACAACAGUCUGCACAGUAUAUUAAUGGGUUGAAAUUGGUUGUUGUCCAUAACAGUGAGCCGGAAAUUUCCUGCUGGCCAUUCGAGGAAACAUUUUGUUGCGAUGGUUCCACCAUCAAAUCAGAAGCAUUUAAUUCAAGUUGAGAAAUCAAAAACGAAGACAAUAAAGUUCAAAAAUGGAUUUCCACCAAAGGUUAUAAGAUCAAGGAGUUCUUUUGGUGAAAUAUUGAAACCAAACCACAGCAUAGAUUUGAUUGAAUGCCAGCCAAGUUUGAAAAGUCUUGAUAAUAAGAUUCCACAAAGAUAUGGCAAAGGACAAACGCAGAAAGAUGAACACAAGGUUUCCUCUGUUCAGCCACUCACAAGUGCAAGUAGAGGCAAUUUUAUUCCAUCAAAUAUUAAGCAGUAUGACAAAGCCAGGCAAGAAAGGCCAGUAAAGGCACCAUUUUCACCACCGCCAACAAUGUCUGAGCUGCGAUCAUUGACAAAGAAAAUUGGCAGAUUCUACACAUUGAGCAACGGUAGCUCAUCAGCGCCACCUUUGACUUCAUCUAGAAGUCCCAGGCAUCAAAAGGCGAUUUUAGAUAUUGAGCGGGCCUUGUCUCAAAAAGAUGUUUCUGGUCUUGAGAAAUGCUACAAAAGAAUAUUUCAAGGAAACGCGGAACCCAUCCGCACAAUAGUCAGAAAUCAAACCUUUCCAAACCAAAGAAGUCGCCAAGCCUCGUGUCCAGUUGAAAUGCUUUCCUCAGCCAACAACCCGCAUUCGCCUAGAUAUCUCCCCAAAGCAGCCUCCAAGACAACAACCAGUAGUAUGUCCCGACUGAGAAGUUUAUCAACAGAUAGUGGUUCGGAAAGGUUACCGAUUGUUCCAGCACCGUAUUUCAGAAGCGAAUGUAGCAGUUCCUCGAGGAAAUUCCAACAGAGGAAACUUGUCGAAGGCCCAGUCAUGUUCAGCUCGCCAAAGCAUGACUAUAUGAAAAGGUCGAAUGCCCUUCAUACCGCUCCUGCAGUUCUCACACUUGACCCAGAACAAUUUCCGGAACAGCCUCCACGCACGCCGCAGUUGGACUCAUUGAACAAUUCUGCGAACGGGACAAACUGCCGGCCUAACCAAUCUCCCAAAAGCAAAAGGCCAAUGGUCUACAAGUCGUCUUCACAAUGGAAUCAGCGAGCGCCAAAUUCUACUCCAGAACCUCGUUUAGGAAAUGAGAUGCAAAUUAUAUCUGCAAAGCAUAAGGACCUGCUGCCGCAGGUUAUUCCUGCGCAGUUACGGCAUAAUCCUGAACAAGUGAGUCAAGCUAGUCGACGUGCUGAAUUAAAGCUUAGCAAGAACAGAUUUGACACGAGCGAGGCGAACGCAGAACCGCAAUCCAGUGAAGCAAGGACUGACCGCAGGGAGAUAACGGAUGACGUUCUAACCGAGCGAAAUCGUGUUUUGACAUCUGGAGGAGAUAGUGACACAGAAUGUGAUUAUAAUGAUCCAAGUCAAGGCGAAUCUGAAUCGCAUAAAAGAGCCGAUAAAAGUGAACUGACUUCUGUUGGAGAAAAGGUGGCUUCAAGUGAUAAAAUCUGCCAAGAAACUGUGAAUCCGCCGAGUAAAAUUGAGCACAGUGACGCUGGCGCAGUGGCACUUGAUGAAAACAUUACGGCGAGUGCUGACCACAAUACUCAAAGUUCGAUGGUUGACAGUAUCGAUUUGCAAGCCCUGGAUCUAAACAGUAUCUCUAGUUCUGUUUCGGAUACCGAUGAAAAUCGCAUUGCCGAAAUCAGGUCUGGUUUGCCAUUAAACAGUUCAGCGACCAGCUUUCAUAGGCAUCACACUUAUACAGACUCAACACGUGAAUCAGAAAUGAAUGAACUCAAAAGCAGUAGUUUUGAAAAUGUCACUGUUGUUGUUGUCAACGUAACAACAGACGAAGGAGAGGACGUGAAUGCUGAUAUAUACGAAUAUAAUCGAAAAAGGGAAGCGAAAGACGGUAAUUUCGAUCCGGGAAUCGAACCUGCAGAUGAGGCCAAUAAGGAAAAUGGACAGCAAGCUGCCAGAAAUCGAAAAGAGGAACUGGAAGCUCUUCUGAAGGAGCAUUCUACCAUCGUUGAGCAAGUGAAAAAUCUAAGCGAGAGUUGUAGUCAUGAGUGUUAGUCAAGGUCAGCUUUUCCCAUUGUAUAGAAAAAGAAUCAGCAGCAAUCGUUUUACUUCAGCGAAUUUCGUAACAGUUUAAACUACCACCAAAUUGUAGGUCAAAUCAAUAUUUGCGACAUUUUUCUCAGACGGUUGCAGGAUUUUGAAUUUUGCUUUACGUUUUAUUCAGCAUUCCAAUCCAAAGACUUUCAGAAGUUAUUCAAGGGUCACAUUGAUGAUCAUUCUUCAGUUGAUCCAUUUGUAAAAAAAGAUUUUCCUACAAUAUCUUAGUAUUUGUUUAUGAGAAUUCAACAAUGUGCA